AUGCCCCGUUCAAGAGGCAGAGACCUACGGAUAAAAAUUGAGCCAGAACACCUAGGCGAGGCCGAUUCUUCACCUUCAUGUUUGGAAAAAGCGCCAGUCGAGAAGAAGCAGGAAAAGAAGCAGUUCGAGUUCAAUCUACCUUCCAAUCUGCAAUGGAUUCCGGCCAAUUGGAACUGGCCCAAAGUCAAGCCUGUAAUUCGAUGUGCAGUAGCUGCAUGGAUCUCAACGGUUCUGUUCGUUCUUCCGGCGGUGGAAAGAUUCAUGGGACAAGUAAGUUCUGCUUUCAUGUCGCCUCCCAGUGACCCAUUCAUGGCCGUCCUCGAACGGGAGAUACUAAUCAUCACUUUAGUUUCAACAUCCUGGGCCUGGUCAUGUCUUGGUAUCAAGCUAGCAAGCUUAGCUCGCGCUAAGAUCAUUCCGAAUGCUACAUUUGCAAGUGCGGUUACAGGGCAGUAUAUCGAAGCUGCUCCUACCGUCAUUAUUGCCGUUUUUAUCUUCUUCGGCAGUGUAUUCUUCCUCUAUAUCCGUGUACGUCAAGGUCCGGGUCCUUACCUCUUUGCAUGCAUCCUCUCCUGCAUAUGCCUUGAUAUCACCCUGACCACCAGCGUUCUGUUUCCAUACCCCUAUUACCGAAUUGGCCAAGCCGUCCUUAUCCCAUUGGCCUUCCACUCUUGCAUUGCGUUGCUCACAUCCAUCGUCGUGUUUCCACAGACGGUAUCCGCCCAAUUCACAACCCGUCUGCAAGGUGUCCUUACCCCCCUGAUCAAAUCACUGGAACUUCACCGUUCGCUAAAGGAUCUUCCUCCUAAUUCCCCAGAGUUCGCGUCUGCAUCACAGUCUAUUAAAGCUGCCGUCAACCAAGCUGAAGGCGGUCUAAUUCCCCUCGCCGUAUCUGCCCGUCUGCUCCCCAGUGAUCUCAUUUAUGCUCGGUUUGCUCCCACCGAUUUCAAGGCCUUACAGGCCAUCGCGAGACGGAUGGCGGUCCGAGCUAAUGGACUUACCAUCUACUUCUCUUUAAUCGACCCAAUGCGAGAAAGAUUUCCAGCAACGCCAGGCCCAUCCCGGCCUGGUACUCCCGGGACUAUGACACCCGUGCGUCCAUCGAGACAAUCAUCGCCUGAACGAGGCAGUCGCGAAACAGAUACAGAAGAUGGUGCGGAGCCGAUUACAGAACCCGGAACACCCACAGGGUCUAUUUUCACUCGACGAAGUCCCGAUCCUAGCAGAACACACUCUCGUUCUCGCUCCCAUCAUCACCAUCAUCACGGUUUCCAUAAUUUGCUGCGCGACUCACUUCUACAUCUUACGCUGCCCAGGGUACAGAAGAAUGAGCAAGCUGUAGGAGUAUUCGAAUCUCACAGGUACAUGGACCUUGAAGCGACCUUAUUUCACGAUCCUGCAACCGAUGCCUACACCCAGCGAACGACUGAACUGCUUUUGCAAAGCGCGGAUGAGUUACUUGAUGGGUGUCGGGGAGCCGUGACAGCAGUGUCUGAUUGGCUGGGCACCGUGCGCCGGGGUCGAUUGGCGUUCUGGGUCGGCAAGAGUGAGAAGAAAAGAAGAAAGGAAGUGAAACUAGAAGAGCUUCAACAAUUGAGAGACUCUCUGGGCGCGUCUCUUGAGUUGUACCAGUCGAAAAAAAGGCAUGCGGUUCUAGAACCAUUCCGUCCUGUCUUUGAAGGGAAUGGGGAGCAAGAGGUACCCUCGCAUCGAUACUUGUUCCACUGUUAUGUGUAUCAGUAUCAUUUAAUGCGAUUUUCGACGCAAAUAGUAGAAAUGCUCGACGAAAUUAUCCGCCUUGAAAAAGCGCGCCCGGAAAAUCGUAUCUGGACACCCGUUCAGAAAAUCUUCAGCUGGAGUAACUGGAACUUGUCCGAUGUCCACGAUGAUGAAGAAGAUCCUGAAACCGUGCAAGGACUGGAGCCGGCUAUCAUGAAUGACCUUGGUAUAGCGCGGAAGCGGGAUCCCGAUCGACUACCGCCUCAUAAUGCUUUUGAAUGGGCGAUCAAUAAGAUUUAUGGGUUUGUAACGGGUCUGGGAGGCGGAAAUGUACUCUAUGCCAUAAAGGCUGGUAUUUUUACGAUUAUUUUAUGUUUACCGGGGUUCUUGACUUCUUCUGCGCAAUUUGCUUAUUCUAACAGAUUUGUCUGGGGGGUUAUCAUGGGGCAGGUAACCCUGGCACGCUUCAGAGGAGAUACAACAUUUGGCCUGGUUGCGCGUAUAAUCAGUACUUUCUUUGGUGGAUUAGCAGGGGCCGUUAUCUGGUACAUAUCGACUGGUAACGGGCAUGGUAAUGCCUACGGGCUGGCCGCAGUACUAGGAUUUUGUUUUCCUUUCUUCUUCUACGCGAGGCUGUAUUGGCCCGUCCCGCCAAUGACGAAUAUCAUCUUCUUUGUUACUACGAUGUUGGUCGUGGGAUAUUCGUACCAAGAUACAGUUCUCUUACUUCCUGCCAAUCCUGGAUACGGUAUUAAUGUUGCAUGGCGCCGAUUUGUGCUCGUUACAGCCGGCGUUACAGCGGCCUUCUUGUUUUCCUUUCUUCCUCCAUCAACGACCAUCCGCCGGUACCAGCGGACGACACUGGCGACGACUUCUUCGGAACUCGGAGCUAUCUAUUGCUGUAUAGUCUCCUAUGCCAGUACACGGAGAUAUGCAGAUAGCCAACAGGUUAUAACGAGCUUGAUUGCUAUCCGGAGCAAGUUAAACAGAUCAGCUGUUCUAAAGACCAACGUCAUCUAUGAAUAUUCUUUGAGGGGCCGGUGGCCGGCGCAGAGGUAUCACAAGAUUCUGGAGUUACAACUACAGACUGCUUACUGCCUUUCGCAUCUAAUGUCGGUCAUUUCGCACAUGGAUCCUGCCUGGACACGGGCGUUCUUGGCUCGGACACGGUUCCUGGACCCCAAUUUCCAGGGCGACGUGUUAGCUGUUAUUAGCAUGAUAGCUACGUCGCUCUGUACAGGAGAGCCUUUGCCCCAGAUUACGCCCUGUCCGUUAUUAGAUCGGUUCAUGCUGAAGUUCCACGGCUUCAGUGUAAUACACAAAGAAGCUGAAGAGGACUUUGGCUUGCCGAGAACGCUUACAAUGGAGACCCUGCAAAACGAGCAGUACCUGAUGUUUUCGGUAGGGGUGUCGACGGCUUUUGGCAUUGUGUCGAGGUUGGAUAGGUUGAUGGUGGCUGUAAAGGAAAUCGUGGGAGAGCAAUAUCAUGUUCAUGGGGUAAGCACGAUGCUUAUGAAGUCUGGUGUUGAAAUGGGGUCAAGGACCAACACCCUGCAAAUGAGAUCACCGGUAUGA